GGCCGUCUGCGCACGCGCGCUGGUUGGGUGCAGCGGCCCGUCCCCGGUCCGCCGCGUCGCCUCCACCGCCGCCAUGAAGUUCGUGUACAAGGAGGAGCACCCCUUCGAGAAGCGCCGCUCCGAGGGGGAGAAGAUCCGCAAGAAGUACCCCGACCGCGUCCCGGUGAUCGUGGAGAAGGCGCCCAAGGCGCGCAUCGGGGACCUGGACAAGAAGAAGUACCUGGUCCCCUCGGACCUCACAGUGGGGCAGUUUUACUUCCUGAUCCGGAAGAGGAUCCACCUGCGGGCCGAGGACGCGCUCUUCUUCUUCGUCAACAACGUCAUCCCGCCCACCAGCGCCACGAUGGGGCAGCUCUACCAGGAGCACCACGAGGAGGACUUCUUCCUCUACAUCGCCUACAGCGACGAGAGCGUCUACGGCAGCGCGUGAGGCCCGCCCAGCGGCUGCCGCCGAGGGGCGCGUGCCCCUGAAGGGACCUGCACUUUGUGUUGUUACCCGUUGUUGAUUUUAUGUUAAAAAGUUUUUUUUGCCCCGGGAAAACGGAGGGUUUUUUUUUCUUUCCUUUUUUCUUUCUGGCAUAUUCCUGGCUUAGCCUUGACAUCUCUUCCGCUUACAGUCCUGAUCCUCCUCGGCGCCCCCCUUUGCUUUGCUCUGGGUUUUCUUUGAGGUGGUUGUGGCUCAACUUAAAUACCUCUUCCUUGCAUUUCCCCCCCUUUCCCUCUGUCUUUUUCUCUUCUCUCUUUUUCUUCCUCUCUUCUGUUGGAAAGAUAGGAGAUCUCAAAUUCCCUCAGAAAAAGAAAGAAAGGCGACAAAAAUCCUGCCCCGUUUCCGUCUUGCGAUUUCCUUUGCCGCGCGCCCUGAGUUUGCUCUCAUUAGGGAUGUGCGCUGCCUGGCAGUUUCUGUAACCAGAGUGGGGGGAGAAUGCUAAUUAAAAAAAAAAGUAUAUA